AUGACUAGCCCUGUUCCGAGCCCCGAAGCACUCAGUCUCUUAUGGAGGCUCCAGGGCCCGUUGGCGGAGAGCAUCUUCGUCGUGCGGAGCUGGGACACCCAGGACCCACCGCGCGAACCAUUCGCCGCCCGGGACCUCACAGGCAACGUUGCCUGGCACGCCAUCUCACAGCAGUCGCUCGCGGAACCUAAAAUCAAGUCUAUAAGCGUACAUGUCGAUGUUCUAGAGCGCUGGCAGCGCGAUUGGAUUGAGUGGCACGAGCGGCACGCCAGUCCUGACGACGACAACUGCAUCUAUGGAGAGCUGCCGGACAACGACCUUUAUAAGUCAGAGGGCAGCAGCAGCGAAGGAGAAGAAGAAGAAGAAGAAGGAGAAGAAGAAGAAGAAGAAGAAGAAGAAGAAGAAGAAGGAGAAGAAGAAGAAGAAGAAGAAGAAGAAGAAGAAGAAGAAGAAGAAGAAGAAGAAGAAGAAGAAGAAGAAGAAGAAGAAGAAGAAGAAGACGGCGAUGACAACGAUGGUGACGUGGGAGAGCUCUUGCACUGCUGCAACACUGACCGGCCAAAACGAGCACUGCCCCUCGUCAUCGAGGCGUCCAACACGGAAUAUAUCACGAUCCACGACUACGUCUCAGCGCUGCACCCGUGGCUGAUGGGCUUAUGGCAGGACAUCAAACGGGCUGACAACCUGUUGGGCGAUAGGAAACCCGAGGAGUACGAGCAUCUGGUGGUGGAUAUCACCAGCCCACAUUAUUUGAGCAUCGUGGACGAGAAGCGGUUUCUCGGUCUCAGGUACACGGGUCCCCCAAUCCCGAUGCCCAUGAGCCAGGAGCGCAUGGACUGGCUGAACAAUGUUUUAUUGAGGCAUGACGUUCCUUUUUGGUCUGUCCCGCGAUGA